UCAUCUGUUGUAAGGUGUUCCAAUUUUUUUUAUCUCAUCAAACCAAACACACACACACACUCUGUAUCCCAAUCCCGAACAUUUUCGCAAAAAUUCUUCGUCUCUUAAUUCGUGAUAGGUGCGAUCUGCCGUUGGAGAUAGAUGGCGGAGGAUAAGUAUAACCGGAAGAACCCCGCGGUGAAGAGGAUUUUGCAGGAGGUGAAGGAAAUGCAAUCAAAUCCUUCUGAAGAUUUCGUCAGCCUUCCACUCGAGGAGAAUAUAUUUGAAUGGCAAUUUGCUAUUAGGGGGCCAAGAGACUCGGAGUUUGAGGGAGGAAUAUAUCACGGCAGAAUUCAGUUGCCUUCCGAGUACCCUUUUAAGCCGCCUUCGUUUAUGUUAUUAACGCCAAAUGGUCGAUUCGAAACUCAGACCAAGAUAUGCUUGAGCAUUUCAAAUCAUCACCCUGAGCACUGGCAGCCAUCCUGGAGUGUUCGUACUGCAUUGGUAGCACUAAUCGCAUUUAUGCCUACCAGCCCAAAUGGGGCUUUGGGAUCCUUAGAUUACCCAAAGGAAGAGAGGCGAGCUCUUGCAACUAAAUCUCGUGAAUCAGCUCCUAGAUUCGGGUCUCCAGAACGACAAAAGCUGAUUGAUGAGAUUCAUGAAUACAUGCUGAGCAAAGCACAGUCGCUGCCUCAGAGCAACGUGAAUUCUGAAGCACAACAAACAGACAGCGAAGAAAUUCAGCAGAUUCCCCAAGACAUUGUAGAGGAAACUACAGAAGCCCCUUCCCACCAAUCUGAAGAGAAUGGAAUCGUUGAAGAACCCAAUGAAACUCCUUCUGAGGCAAAUGUUUCACAGUCGUCAAGGCCAGUUCCUACCGCGCCCACAACUAGUGAGCAAGUGUUGCAUAAGUCGGAAAAUAGGGUUCAUAAACCAGCAGCCGACCGUUUGUUCACACUGGCUGCUUUCGGGCUUACUAUAGCUAUAAUAGCUCUCCUGUUGAAGAAGUUCUUGAAAGCUAAUGGACAUGGGGCCGUCUUCAUGGAUGAGUCGUAAAUUUCGGGUAAAUAUAUGAUGGACAUUCUUCGUGGUGCAUAUAUGUUGGUGCAUAAGCUGAAAGAGGAGGAAAGAGGGUCGUAAGUUUUAUAAAUGAGAACAAUUGUAACUCUGAUUCAACGAGUGUAUAUAUUACAUACACCUACAUAUGCUUCAUGCUUAAGUGAUUUAUACAUGAAAGCUAAAACUAUUUGUAGAAGUUGAACAAUUUCAUUUGAUUUAAAGUGAAUUUUCUCCGAGAAAA